UAAUGAGACGGGACUGAGGAACAUCAAACAUCUUAAAACAAACGUUUCCAAAACGGACUAUAGUCAGAGCUAAAGAUGAUGUCGACCAAUGACAAUCAGUCGAAACCCAGGCUUUUAAAAACCAGGAAUUUGUUCGAAAAAGGGGAUUCAACUUCAUCAUCUCGGGAUGUUGGUCUGAUCAAGAUGGGCAAGUCAUCCGAGACCAAAGUGAUUCCACUGAAAACUACUGGAAUAAGAGUUCCUGGCAAUCAUCGCAGAGAUUCGUACAUUCUACAGACUGAUCUAAAGGAGGUACGGGGUCUAGCCAGACUGAAAAGGUUUAAUAAUAUCUCCAAGGAAUCAUCGACUUUAAGAAAAUCAAAAAUAACACCAAGCAGCCAAAAUGAUAAACACCAAAAUAACUUUGAAAUGACGUCCUUGAAAUCUAAUUCUGUAAAUCAAAGAUUUGACAAAACUUCAAAAAUUUCUGACGCCGAGUCAAUAAUAUCCAUUGUGUUGAAAAUAUCAGUGAUUGUAUCACUAUUGGCGUUGUUUUUUCAUGCGGUCGCCAUUUCUUUGACUAUGUGGAUGAGUUCGGAAUUCAGUAAAAUCGGACUCUGGGAAAUAUGUAUUGUUAAUAUUUGCGGAAGAUAUAAAUACGAAACACAAAUAAUACAGGCGGGCCAGGCCUUUAAUGUUCUGGGAUUUCUGGCAGGUGGUGCCGCUGUGUUGCUGAUAAUUCUCUAUAUUUUCUGUCUAAACAAUAAAAAUAUAGUUCGACUUUUUGGUAUGAUUGCAGCCUUUCUAGCAGGUGGCUUUAUACUUGUUGGUAUCAUUAUAAUAGGAACCUCCGAUUCAAACCAAGGUCUCGAUGUGGGUUCGGCCAUGAUUUUGGCUAUCAUUGGAGCUGUUCUCUAUGUAACUACAGGGAUCUUGCUGGUAGUCGACAUUGUUCAAAAUAAAAUGCCAUAAACAUAAACAAUUUGCUAUAAUAUCUUUAUUUGUUGGGUCUUAAAGGAAAGUCUACUGUGGACGUCGUUAUUUGAGAGAAGUGGCUAAUGGCAGCCAUUGUUUGUCACGUGUUCUGGUCGUUUGAGAAUACAAGUGUAUGUUAUUAAAAUUAAAAACUUUGU